UGUCACGUCACGUUCACUUCGUUGAUUUUAUUCCGCUUUGUUUUGCGGAGCUGAGAGGACAUCAUUUGUCGAUUUCUUGCGUUCAACGGUUGUGUUCAAUGUUUUUCAUAUUAAAAGUAUUUACUGUGUGAAUAGACAAUAUAUUUUGUACGAGAAGUGUAUUCUUAUUAGACCGAUGACUGUGUUUGUGAUAAAUAAUUGAGAGAUUGCAUUUGCACAAUCGUUGUGAGACUUGAUGUCAAUAAACUUGUCGGUGGUAUUUUAUGGGAAAGGUGUGCCGCGUCGUGUUCGUAUGUGCCGGGUGGCUUGGAGUCGGUAUGGAGGCUGGUAGGGCCCCUGUGGCGCCCAUGCCGUUGGUGCGAUGGUGUAGUAGCUAGGAGCGAGGUUAAUCAAGAUGCUGUUAUUAUCAUCGGAUUAUAAUCCUUUGCAUCCGCAUUUGGCUACAAUACGGCUAAUCAAAAGUAUCACCCACGGCACAUCUAAGCAAGCAACAUUAUGUAGUAAUCACGCCGACAACUCAAGACUGAUGUUUGAUGCCUUAAAAAUGUGCAAGAACGCAAGAUGAUCAAUAUUUUUCUAAACAUUAUGCGGAAAAGACAAUAGUUUUUGAAGAUUUACGAGCGAUAUUUUUGGAUGUUAUUUUAAUAGACAAAUGUUAUGUGCAUGGUGCUAACGGCUCUAGUGUGUAGUGUGAGCAAGAGUCGAUAGAUUGAGUGUCGAUAGUUCGGUGGUGAUGUGAAUUGGUGUAGGUGUUGAAUACGAUGGCGAGUGAAGGUGAUCCGGUGAAGGUGGAGGGUGUCCACGUGUCCGUCACCACUAUCAGCAUGACAGGCCCGGAGACCAGCAAUGUCCAAUUCUCGUACAGUUCAAGUGGGGUCCGCAUCAGCGUCUCUUCGGAUCCCCACGACGAAGACUCCACUGAUGCCGAGGUCUCCAAAAUUGAUUUCAACCAGCACCAACACGAGGUAAACAUGCGAAAUAAAAAGAAACGCUCAUCGAGUGGUGCCCAGUGCGACAAUCCAAACGAACGGGAGCGACCUAUGUCAUGGGAGGGAGAGCUCUCCGACUCCGAGAUGGUCAUUGAUACCAGUGUCAACAAUGAUGACAACAGCAGUUCCCUUGAUCUCCAAUCGUCACGGGACUCCAUAGACACCCUCCGCAAUGUAACCAUCAAAACGGAACCUCUCAAGACGGAAACCUACCAGUGUGUAGAUGAUCAAAGGGUUCUCGAUUUGCAAUAUGCAGCGCCAUUGCAGCCGCACCAGAGAAGUCUCAGCAUGAACAGGAUAUCAGUACUCACGGAUACUCCGCCCCUCUCGCUCGCACGGCGUCCAUCGUCACCCACGAGUAGUGCGAAAUCUCUAGUGUUAGACCACAACAAUAUUCCGAUAAUGCCGCAGACGUCGCUGGGCGAGGUCCAAAAUUUGACUAUCAAAAAGGAGGGCCUAUCACAGUUAUCAGAGCUAAAAUGCGAGCCAUCAGUAGGCAUGGACAAGUUGCUGGGUGCAUUGCACGGCUCUCCACUUUUGGGGCGGCUUCCACGCGUGCAGUCCAGCGCCAGUACAGACUCAGCAGUACAUUCUAUGUACACACACAGUGUAUACAGCAGCCCAUCAGCGAGCCCCCGCGCCUCGCGUCACUACACGCCCUCGUUAUCGCGUAACAACAGUGACGCGUCGCAUUCAUCCUGUUACUCGUAUAGCUCGGAAUUCUCGCCCACACACUCCCCUGUACAGGGUCGACAUCCCCACGUGGUGUACCGUGAAGCAGCGGCAGCGGCAGGUCCGUUUCCAGCUUCACCAGCGCAUGACGAGGACGCUGACACAACUGAUGACCGUCUGCAUCACCACCAGGGAAUCAGUCGACAGCAGCUUAUCAACAGCCCCUGUCCGAUCUGCGGCGACAAAAUCAGCGGUUUCCACUACGGGAUAUUCUCGUGCGAGUCAUGCAAGGGUUUCUUCAAGCGGACCGUGCAGAAUCGCAAGAAUUAUAUGUGUCUCCGCGGCGGGAACUGUCCGGUCACUGUUGCCACCAGGAAGAAAUGCCCUGCUUGUAGGUUCGACAAAUGCCUCGGGUGCGGCAUGAAGCUGGAAGCAAUCCGCGAGGACAGAACCCGAGGUGGACGCUCCACGUAUCAGUGUUCGUACUCGCUGUCCGGUGCAUCAUCCACGGGCUCUCUUCUGUCCGCACACGUACCCACCACGCUCCGGCACGCCUCCAGUCUCACAUGUGUCAAUGGACCUGGCUCAUACAACAGUAGAGGGGAACCAAGCAAUAGCCGAUUAACGCCCGACAUACCACCGUUAUUACAGGAAAUAAUGGAGGUAGAACACUUAUGGCAAUACAACGAGUCGGAACUUAAUCGACUGAGCAAGUCGCCCGGUAGUCCGUCAGCCAAUCCCCUGCUUGCGGCGAGCGGCAUCACGGCCCAAAAUUCGAGUCCCGACUUUCUGGCCGACCUGUGUAAUAUAGCCGACCAUCGCCUCUACAAAAUUGUCAAGUGGUGCAAGAGUUUACCGCUGUUCAAGAACAUCUCCAUCGACGACCAGAUCUGCCUGCUGAUCAAUAGCUGGUGCGAGCUGCUGGUGCUGUCGUGCUGCUACCGCGGCGUGGGCACGCCCGGCGAGGUUCGAGUCGGUGGAGGUCGCGGGAUCACGUUGCCACAAAGCGCCAAAUUGGGUCUCACGCCGUGCAUUGAAAGAAUGUUAAGCUUCACCGACCACUUAAGACGACUUCGAGUCGACCGAUAUGAAUAUGUCGCUUUGAAAGUUAUUGUACUGCUCACUUCAGAUGCGCCAGAACUACGCGAAGCGGAGAAAGUGCGAGCAUCACAAGAGAAAGCGCUGGCAGCGCUGCAGGCGUAUACAGCCACGCACUCGCCGGACACGCCCGCAAAGUUCGGCGAACUGCUGCUGCGUAUACCCGAGCUGCAACGGACUUGUCAGUUUUUCAUGCAAGUCGGUAAAGAGAUGCUCAACCCAGCAAACAAGAAUAAAGAUGGCGACGGACCAAGCUUCAACCUACUCAUGGAGCUCCUGAGAGGGGACCAUUAACAACAUGACCUCGGACUCUCGCUCAGGUUUUAAAAUUAAAACACCGUAAACAUUGCUCAAGACUCAAAAUCUAAACUAGUUUUUUACGACGACAAAUUCUAGUUCUUUAAUCAUAGGGACGGAACUAUAAUUAAACAUAUUUAUGACAUUUUUAAAUAAUCAACAACAAGAAAUAAUCUUUAGAAGAUAUAAAGAAAUGCUCAAUAUAGUAACAGUAAUAAUUUGCCAUACAAUAUGUUACAUUAUAUAUUUUCAAAGCAAGAAAAUCGUUAAUUAAUGCAAUU